AUGAGUACCACAAGAACACCGAGCCAUCGAUCGGGAAAGCCUGUCAAGCUAAGGGCGACCUGUGAUUUCUGUGCCCUGUCGAAAGUGAAAUGCGACCGUGGCCAGCCGCAUUGCGUACGGUGCACCAGGAGCGGUAUUCACUGCAACUAUAGUGAGUCCCGUCGCAUUGGCAAGGCCUGGCACCACUGCGCAUCUUCGACUGUGAGGUCUACUAGCUCUACCAUGCAAGAUACCCGGCCAAAGCAGCAGGCGAUGGCGCAAAAUCCACAAAGGGGGGACAGCCCCGGAGAUAGUCGACCCCCCAGCGCAGCCAACGGCGCCAUGUCGCCAUAUGAUCCUUAUCAGUCAUCUAAUUAUGCGACGCCCUUCAGCAUUUUCCAUACCCUGCCUUACACGGGUCCCGAGUCAACGAUACGAUCCCAAACUCACCCUGAGUUAUACCCGAGUGCCGAUGGAGCGGUGGCACCAGUCCUUCGCAGCCCUGAGUCAGCUGACAUGUCUCUUCCUGAUAUCCCACACAUGGCUCAAUUACGAACAAAUGAUAUGACAAAGGAAUGCCCAUGGAAUUUACAUUACAACCAAUCGUGGAGUGCGAUGAUCGCAGAACCUACUACCGAUAUCGGGGAUGUUGAAGACUGCAUUACACGCGCGGCCGCCGUCUUGCAGACGGUGCGUGACCCGCGGAUACCCUGUAUGCGAUCGAACACGCCCCCCCUGAAUCAUAUACAGUCGUUGGAUGCGACCCUUGAUGACGGUCGUACGGCAAUGAACACAGUGAAGGGGAUCCUAGGCUGCCCCUGUGCUCAAGGAAUACGCGUCGCUCUGUUGCUGGUCCUUAUCAUUCAGCAAGUUAUGGAUUCCUAUCAAACACUCCUGACCCGGCAACAUGAUACGCACCGAGAUGAGUCGCCGUUGAGCAUGAGUCUGUCUACCUACGAUGCCCCGAUGGCUAUCGGUCGAUACCUCCUAGAUAGUGACUUACGUUCAAAAAUCAUUGUCCAGGUUCUUUCGUCUGAACUUGACAAAAUCGGAUCGAUUCUGGACAUCCUGACCCAGCAUGCUCAAGGCAUGUCUCAUCGGCCCGAUGCGUUGAUCUUGGGGACCUAUAUUGACUCCUUGCAAGCGACAAGAGAAAAGGCUCUAGAGUUGCUUCAGCAGGGGAAUGAGUUUUAG